AUGCGCCGGGAGAGGGAGAGCCGCCGGGCUGAUAGAGGUCUGCCAGAGCACGGGCGAGGAGCCGCGGCCCAGCAGAGAGGCAGACCGCCCGAGAAGACGAGCCUUGCAGCCUUGCCUGGGGUCGCGCGGAGCAGGAGACGGAGCCAUCGGCUGGCACCGCACCGCAUCCCUCCGGUCUCCCUCCCAGCCGCCUCACCCACCCGCAGCGAGGACACGCCGGCAGGGAGGGCGUUCUCCUCGGCUUUUGAGGAUAUUUUAAGCGGGGAGCCAGACCCUGCCCCUGGGGCGCGGGUCCUGGGAAGCGAGCCGUCUCCACACACCCGGCGCUCGGGACGGGGACAUGGGGCGGGGGGAAAAGGACGGUGCCUCUGCGCCGAAAACGCCUCACGAGAGGCAGGCGAAAGCCAAGAGCGUUACGGGCCCGGCAAAGGGCUAAAGAGCAACAUUUUCCCCCGCCCCGGUCUGACAGGUCCCCCCGCCCCAGCCGCUGUCAGCACCUCAGCCCUCGCGGAGAGCCGGGGCGCAGCCCCCUCGCUGUGCGAAGCAGCGGGAAAGGGGGGUGGGUGCGGGAGAGGCGAGACGGGAGCGGAGCCCCCUCCAUGCCCCUCACGGGCGCCGCACGCCGUUCCCCGCGCCGGAGCAGCGGGAAGGAACAAUGGGGGCGAGAACCCACCGCCCCCGCUGAGGGAAGAGGGAGAGCCGCAGGGAAGGAGACCCCGCGCCUCUCUCUGUUCUUGCCCGGGGCGGGACGGGGCUCGGCGGCAGCGGGUUCCACGGCGAACCCCGUCCCGCCCCGGGGGAGAAGGAGGGCGGAGGGACGGAGCGGUGGAGGCAGGUCUCCAGGCACCGCUUCGUCCCAGCCCCAUGGGGAAACCCUCCUCGCGGCGGCUGGAUCGCACCCCCCGUCUCCCACCAGGCCGAUUACCGCUGCCGUGGCCGCCGAGUCCUCCCGCCCGCCAGAGCCGGGCUCGCCGCUCGCUCCCUCCGUCGCCAUCUUCCCGCUGUAUCGGCUCCGGCGUGGAGCGCGGUGCGGAGCCCAGUGGCGGAGCCGCCGCCGCCAGGCGCUUAACCCGCUCCCCGCCGGCAGCGAUCCCGCCGGGAGCGGGGGCGCUUAACCCCUGCGGCGCCGCGCAGGCGGGGCUGCCGAGCCGAGCCGAGCCGCCCCCUGCGCCGGCAGAGGCGAGCGACUCCCGCCGCCGGGCGCUCGGGCUUCCCCACCCACCCGCUCCCUGUCCUCCAUACGGCGGCCCGGAGACAGGCGCAGGGGGAGCGGGACCUCGCCGCGGGCGGCCGGCGCGCAAUGGUGGCGGAGGGGAGUGUCUCCGCUACCGCGCUACCCGGGCCCCACGCACGCAUCGCUCUCCUCCCCACCCACCCCCGUGGUUUAGCAGCAGGAGAAGGAAGGGAAAGGUUGUGGAUGGGACGAAAAAAUAG